GAUCUCUGAUCAACUGUUCAAAAACUGACAUGAAACCGAUUUUUAUCCCUUUAAAAGAAGGUCUAUCUUGCUCAAGGGGUUUUAUGGAGAUCAUAAAAGGAGAUAUGUUUUAAGAAAACUCCCAAGAUUGAGUCGGAUAACGCUUUGAAGCUGCCUUCCAUACCCACCGAGACAUCAUUUCUUCUGGAUGUGGAAGAAGUGUCAGAGCUCUGGGCUUUGUGUUGGUGCUCUCCGGUGCACGAGCACCCUGGCUGGGACAGCCCUUCGGCCCUGGACCCCGAGCACCGCUGGGUGCCGGGUGGUACAGGGGGUGGGCAGAGCGCCAUGGUAACGCAUAGUAGGCUUGACAGCGCCAUGAGCAGCAGCCCCUUUGAAGGCGGCGUGCGCCUGCCCCCCCACCGGUACAAGACCUUCAGUUCUCGGGAGCAGUAUCAGAUGGUGCUCGCGGCUGUGCGCAAACUGCAGGAGAGUGGCUUCUACUGGAGCACCGUGAGCGGGAAGGAGGCCAGCACUCUGCUGAGCUCCGAGCCCCCAGGCACCUUCCUGGUGCGGGACAGCUCGGACCAUCACCACUUCUUCACGCUCAGUGUGAAAACGGCCACAGGCACCAAAAACCUGCGCAUCCAGUGCGAUUCCUCCUCCUUUUUCCUGCAGACUGACCCGCGGAGCGAACAGGUGGUGCCGCGCUUCGAUUGUGUCCUCAAACUCAUCCAUCAUUACAUGCCCUCAGCCGGGACAGUGAGUUCCUCCAAUGCUGGAGAAGGAAGUGCGUACUUCAUUUACUCAGGAGGUGAAAAGAUCCCCCUGGAGCUCCUGCGUCCGCUGGCAUCCAGCAUGUCUAGUCUGCAGCAUCUAUGUCGAAAGACUUUAAACGGUCAUAUAGACGUGUCCACCAAACGGGACCAGCUGCCUCAUCCACUCCAAGAGUUCCUCCAGGAGUACGAUGCUCCCAUCUAGCCCUCUCUCCCUAACGGGUUUCAUAUGAGAAAUCGGCGUCUGUCAGUAUUGCGGGCCAGCUGUGCCUUCGACCUCUGGAUUGUGGACUUUAUUUUUUGUGAAGGACAGCGUUCUCCCACUCAAGUGGAUCAAGUGGAUCAGACUUCCACGUUCCAGCGGCUGAAGAUAAAGACGAGUGAUAGUCGAUCAGUAUGGGAGUUAAGUGUGGCUUCGCUCCAGCUCUCCAGCAUCGAUCGGGAGACACUCGGUUUCCUCCAGCUCAACAUUUUUUGACUUUCUCCUGGAAGGAUGGAGCAAGAGCUGGGUGUUUGCAAUGACGUACACAUUUCCACUGCUUCUUGCCAAGUGUAAUUGCCUCAUAAGUGGGUGUGGGGGCGCAAACGGGGUGGCUACUUACCGCUCCGUGUCUGCUCUGGUGACUGUGUCAGGAAAAAGGACUAGAGCGAACGCAUUGACCGGACGAGAGGCCUGUGACUGUGGACAGUUUCGGCCCUUUAGCGGACUGUUGUUACUUUCUUCACGACAAGAGCCAAAGCAAACAGUAGUUGCAUUUGCGCUAGAAAUAAACGACGGCUGAACAUUGGUGACGAUUCAAUAGGAGCAGUUGACAUUCAUUUACUGUGAAGCAAAUUCAAGCACAGUAUGAAAAAAAUCUUUAGUAACUCAUUUACUGUGGUCUUUGACACGGAGGGCCUUGCAUUUGGGCUCUGUGUGCUUGGAAAUCCUCAUUCAAUAACAACGACACAGUGUUUGUUUCACAUGCAGGACGUCUGCUAUUCACUGAAUGUAUUACGAGUCUUUGGAAGGGCUUACGGUUCCACUUGUAGAUCAUUUUUCUGUUUUUGUAGUUCAUACUUUGUCAGAUCAAGGUGUUUACAUGUGUGGCCACCAACAGGACAGCAUGUUUUUUACUCUGUCUUUUAUAAAGAUGUCUCAUCUUAAGGUCUGGUCUGAUGACCGCAGUGCAAGCUUGAAGAUCAGAAAACAAAGGCAUUAACAUAGAAACAAAUGCAGCAAGAAACUUUGCACAUAUUUAUAUUUAUAAGAUAUUUCCAUAAUUUAUAUUAAAGAGCACUAUUUUUACAAAACGGA